CAAUGAGUGAUACAUAUAGAGGUGAUAUUGAGAGAAUUUAAAGAUUAAUCUAAUAAUUAAGAUCAGACAUAUAGAAAAGAGAAUAAAAGAUUAAUGCUAAUUAACCUGUAGGAAUGAUUGAUGGUGAAAUUAGAGGAGGAAUAUCUAAAUUAGGUAUAUAGAUUUAAUUAUAUAUUUAAAAGAUAGAGAAAUAGAAUUGUUAAAAUCAUUAAUUGAAAGACAAAGUUAAAAUUAAGAAAUAUUAUAGAAAGAAGGAGAAACAAGAAAAAAUAAAUUAUUGGAAUUGUAGAAUGUAGCUGCGGAAUUAAAAUAAAGUUUUGACAAAUCAUUAAAAUCUUAAUAAGAUUAAUUAUUUAAUAAUAGGUCAAAUGGGGGUAAGUAAUAUAAGGAUACAGAAGCAUUAUAAUAAAUGGAUAACAAAUAAUUACAUUAAAAUUAAAAAUAAUUAUAAAAAGAAUAAGAUUAGAAACUUGAUGUAUGUAUUGAUUAAUUGGAUACUCUAAAAGUAUAAGGUAAAAAUAUUGGAAAUACAUUGGAUGAAUAAAAUAGAUUACUUAAUUAAAUUGAUAAAGAUAUGGAUAAAACAACUAAGGAUAUGAUUAAUGUAAAUGGAAAAUUAAAAAAGUUUUUAAAUUCAUCAUCCUAUUGUUGUUUAUAUCUAUUUAUAGCAUUAGAAGUAGUUUCAUUAAUAUUGAUAAUUCUUUUUGUAUGA